CUCUGUGGAGCCCAAAUUUUCUUGAGGCACAAUUACUAACACCUUCACCUCAUCAUCGACAACAACGGCAAGAAAGUGUGUUUUGCCUGCACUUUCCAUUUUUGUUACCUGAUUUCAUUUAUUUUUCCCAUAUCUUUUUUAUUUGCUUUUUCAGUCAAGAGGCCUUUAGGCAAAGAGAUAAAAAAGAUGCUUGCUCUGCUUUUCUUGGUGUUACUUACUACCAGUCUGAAUCUGCAUGUUGAAGCACAAGAUAUAGGCUCAAGGAUUAAGGUGUAUGCCAACAGAGGUGACAAUAUUACUCUGCCUUGUCACCUCGAGGGUCAGUCCGAUUUUUCCGGAACCAAAAUCAAGUGGACCAAAAUGGAAAAUGACUCUACAGAAACCAAUGUGCUUAUCUCCAUGGGCUUCCACAAGAAGACCUAUGGGAAUUUCCAAAAUCGUGUUUACUUGUUGGAGGCAAAUGAAAAUGAUGCCACCUUGGUUCUGACUGACAUAAAUCUGAAAGAUUAUGGCACCUACAGAUGUGAGGUCAUUGUUGGCUUGAAUGACAAGAUCAUCGAAGUGGACCUUGAACUGCAAGGGGAAGAUUCACUUUUAUUCACAGGGGUUGUUUUCCCAUACUCCCCUCGUCGGGGGCGUUACAACCUUAACUUCCAUGAUGCCGAGGCUGCAUGCCUGGAGCAGGAUGCGGUGGUUGCCUCCUUUGAGCAGCUGUUUGAGGCAUGGAAAGGUGGCCUGGAUUGGUGCAAUGCUGGCUGGCUGAAUGAUGGAACUGUGCAGUAUCCAAUCAACAACCCCAGAGAGCCCUGCGGAGGCGCAAGGGCCUCAGCUGGACUGAGAAACUAUGGUCAACGGGACAAGUCUAACAGUCGUUAUGAUGUUUUCUGCUUCACAUCUGCCCUUAAAGGACGCUUCUACUACUUGAUCCUACCAAAAAAGCAGUCGUAUGAUGAGGCUGUCCAGGCAUGCAAGAAUGAUGGAGCUGAGAUUGCAAAGGUGGGCCACAUCUACUCUGCCUGGAAGCUGCUGGGAUACGACCGUUGUGAUGCCGGCUGGCUGGCCGAUGGUAGCGUCCGUUACCCGAUCUCCAGGCCCAGGAGGAACUGCAGUCCCACAGAGGCAGCCGUUCGCUUUAUUGGUUUCCCUGACAAAAAGCAAAAGCUGUAUGGUGUUUACUGCUACAAAACUCAGUAGUGAACUAUCUCUUAUAUCACCAACCAAAGAGCAACAAUACAGAGGCCGGUUGGGGGGUUGUACAUGACUGUACUGUGAACUUAUUUUACCUAUCUGCUUAACAUAUUGAAUGUGAGUGUCAACAGACUUAAUUUUCAUAACUAAGUCACACAUAAUUGCAUUGUUUUAUUGUAAGGCUCAUCACUUAUUGUCUUCCCUCUUCGCUAUUUGUGAUUUCCUCACCCAUUACUUGUUCUGCUAUUGUUUUUAUCUUUAGAGGCACAUUAUUCCUCAAUUCUUGUCCUUGAAGAGUUUUUUUGUUUGAUUUUCUUUUACUCUGUGAAGAUCUUUAAAUGUGUUCCUUUCUGCAUACAAUUUGACAAGUAUCUAAUCACAGAAAGUGACAGAAUUUUACAAACUACAGCAUGUGAUGCAUUGGACUUUGUUGUAGAGAGGCAUGAGAGGCAUGUGAGAUUCUAUAUGUUGUAUAUCUGCAACAACAUUUCAAGACUAGCUUGAGCCAUGCACCAAUCAGCCACAACAUUCAAACCACCUACCUAAUAUUGUGUAGUAACCCACAUCUUAGAAUAACAUUCUGAGAAUAUAUUCUUCUCAUCACAAUUGUACAGGGUGGUUAUCUGAGUUACCAUAGACUUUGUCAGUUUGAACCAGUCUGGCCAUUCUCUGUUGACCAGUCUAAUCUACAAAGCAUUUCCAUCCACAGAACUGCGACUCACUGGAUGUUUAUGGCACCAUUUGGAGUACAUUCUAGAGACUGUUGUGUGUGAAAAUCCCAGGAGAUCAGCAGUUACUCGAAUUCUCAAACCAGCCCAUCUGGCAUAAUAAUACAUGCGAUUAUCUAAUCAGCCAAUCGUGUGGCAGCAGUGCAGUGCAUAAAAUCCUGCAGGAGUGUCAGUUAAUGUUCACAUCAAGCAUCAGAAUGUGGAAAACAUUUGAUCUCAAUGAUUUGGACUGUGGUAUGAUUGUUGGUGCCAAUGGGCUAGUUUGAGUAUUUCUGUAACUGCUGAUCUGCUGGGAUUUUUACGCACAACAGUCUCUGGGCGUAAUUUAGUCAGAAUAGUGCCAAAAACAAAAAACAUCCAGUGAUGGGUAGUAAUGUGGAUGGAAAUGCCUUGUUGAUGAGAGAGAUCAACAGAGAAUGGCCAGACUUGUUUGAAUUGACAACGUCUACAGUAACUCAGAUAACCACUCUGUACAAUUGUGGAGAGAAGAAUAUCAUCUAAAAUGCAGAUUUGGUGCUGUUUUGGCAGCACAAGGGGGACCUAAACAAUAUUAGGCAGGUGGUUUUAAUGUUGUGGCUGAUCGGUGAAUAUUUGCUAAGUGUAGAUGUGAGUAAACCUCUCACUUCUGAUUUAUUUUAUUGCCACUGCUUUCUAAGAGAAAGAGAGAGGAACAACACUAAAAGCCAUAUAUUUGCUAAGUAUAUGUCUUAAAUUUCACUCCAUUCAAGCUGUUUCUAAAACUAACAUGAAUUCACAGUUUUGUGACUUCACAAAAGAGAGAACUGUGUUUACUAAAUGCUGCAUCUAUUACCAGCCACUUUGUAUCGAUGUUGUUGUUGUUGUUGUUUUAUUUGUUUGUUUUAUGAAAGGAGAAAAGAUGCUCCGCUUACAACUCAGCUUUUAACUGCAAAAGCCACAGUGCACAUAUGUGAAAAUAUGCUUCAUUUUGUUGUUGUUUUUCUGCACAAAAUAUAAUGUUUUCUUUCUUUUUAAAUUCAAAUUAACAAUAUUAAUAAAAAUAUAGCAUACAAAUGAAAUUACUUUGGUUUUAUUCUCCACUAAUCUUUGGUUGUAAUUCUACAGUGCCUAUAAAAACAGAUUGUUUCUAAGUAUGCAAUCUUUGUUACAGUGAGCCAGAUGGGCUCUGCCUGGCUUAAAUUCCCCAAUGCAAAACAUAUUUGGUUGAAAUUACUUAAAAUGAAUUGCAUGAAUAUUAUCUUACAUUCCACUGCUUUUGGGGGCAGAGAGUUUCUGUUGUGAGUUCCUGAUAAACUCAGAUAAAUAUAAAUACAUAACAUAAACUUAAAAAAAUAGAAACAUAAUUUAAAAUGCGAUCAUCAUACAGAUCUCAUUUGUGUUUGAAUGUAUACAUCACUAUGAUGGAUCAUUUCUAAGAUCUGUGAGGAUAUUUAAUAGUUUUAUAAUAGUGUUUUUUUGUUUGUUUAUUUGUUUUUUAGAAUAUCCCAUUAUUGAGGUCUAUCAGAACCAGUGAUAGACCUAUCUGAACAAGAGCUCUAGGAAACAUUUGCAGGAAAAGCUUGGUAUAAUUAUAAAAUGUUCUGUGACCAAUUCAAACUUUAUUGACAUGCAAAUCAGUUUCAGUUUAAUGAAGGAUGUAUGCUCAAAUUCUGCAAUGGAAAACUGCAAACCAUCUUCCAAGUUAUAAAUGAGAAAAACAUGAGUAAGAACAAUGACACAGCGGUACAUUUGUAUCAAAUUAAAAUGUCGUAUUGAGACUAUUAAAAACGCAAAGCACUUCAAA